GUGGAGAUAGUCGAAAAACCCCAGGUGAAAGACUGUGAUUGGAAUACAAAGGCUGAGAAAGAAAGGCAGAGGGGCGGACCGUGAGGGAAAAAAAAGCCUUCUCAUCUCAGCUCGUCUUUGACAGUCAAUUUACAUCUGAGAAUAUCUCACCAAGUUACCACUCGCCCGGCUCGGCUUCGUGGCUCUCUUUGUAAUUGUUAUUUGAAACAUGUAUUUAAAUCUCGACUGAUAAUCUGCACUACAAACGCUCUUCAAAGAACAAUGUUUUGCUGGUGACGGAGCAUCAGAACGUCUAAUUGGAAACAGAUCCAUUUCUUAGCAUUGGAAUGGGAUUUUAUCGUAGAUAAGAGCUGACUCCAAAAACCAAAGGGUGAUGACGGUGCCCUCGGCCCAUGAGUUCCAUUGGCAGAGCCUGGCAUGUCUUUCCAGUGCCCGUGUGUAUCACUCAUUGGCUGAUGUGGGGGGGCAGCUCUAUAUGGUGGGGGGUUGUGAUGCCUCGGGUCGACCCACCAGCGCUCUUGAGCUCUACUCGCCCGAGGUGGACCGCUGGCUCAGCCUUCCUCCGAUGCCCACGCCGAGAGCCGGGGCGGCAGUGGCCGUUUUAGGGAAGCAGCUGCUGGUGGUCGGUGGGAUGGGGAAGGACCAGCGCCCCCUAAAGGCCGUGGAGGUGUACAACACUGAGGAAGGCAGAUGGAGGAAGAGGUGCUCACUCAGAGAGGCGUCCAUGGGGCUUUCUGUUACUGUUAAAGACGGCAGAGCUGUUGCGGUUGGGGGAAUGGGAGCGGACCUCCUGCCUAGAAGUGUUCUUCAGCAGUACGACCUUCGCAAGGACGUGUGGGCGCUCCUUCCACCCAUGCCCACCCCGCGCUACGAUACCAGUGUCUGCCUACUGGGCUCCAAGAUCUACGUGGCAGGUGGACGUCAGUGUAAGCGUUUGGUGAAGACGUUUGAAGUCUACGACAUGGAAAACCGCACUUGGUCCUCCCUACCCAGCCUGCUCUGCAAGAGAUCUUAUUCUGGGGUCAUAUGGGACAGUGCUGGGCGUCUCUGCUGGUUAGGAGGGCUCAGACAAGGAGGAUUACACCAAACUUCAAAGUUUACCAAGAAUGUUAACAUCUUUGACACCAACCAAGGAACUUGGUUGAAAUCAGAGGACACCGUGCCCUUGAAGACCAAGCGAGCAGACUUUGCUGCAGCCAUAGUGCGAGGCAGAAUGAUCGUGGCGGGAGGUCUAGGCCAUCAGCCAUCAGUGCUGGACACUGUUGAAGCCUUCAAUCCCGAAAAAAGAAAAUGGGAAAGGCUGUCGCCCAUGUCAACGCCACGUUGCUCUGCCUCAAGCAUCGUGAUCCGUGAUCGCCUGCUGGUCGUAGGAGGCGUCAAUCAAGUCCCAAGUUCCGCCCAUGAGAUUCUAUAUGUAAAAGAGGAGGAGAUUCUUUAACCACAGAACCUUUACACUUCAGAAAAAGUUGCCUUCAAUGAUCAAGUAAAACAAAUUUUCACACUAAAGGUGUGGUCACAUUUACCAUUGCUAGUUGAGAUUUCACAAAGUCAGUCAUUGCAAUUUUCGCUCAUGUACGAAUUCGCUACGCAACAGUCCUUCAUAUCUCUACGCUAUUGACAAUUGAGCUUGAGAAUGUGACCACACCUUAAAGGGAUACUCCACUUUUUUUGGAAAUAGGCUCAUUUUACAAC